UCCGGGGGCCGCGGGGUGUGCCACGGCUGCGCCGCUCCGCCCUUCGCGUGUGGAGCCCUGGGCCGGGCGGCCGCGCGCGGCCUCGGCAGCGCCGGCCCGCGGUUUCAAAAUGACCAACGAGGAACCUCUUCCCAAAAAAGUUCGACUGAGUGAAACGGACUUCAAAGUAAUGGCACGAGAUGAGUUAAUUCUAAGGUGGAAGCAAUAUGAAGCAUAUGUGCAAGCUUUGGAGGGCAAGUACACAGAUCUUAACUCUAAUGAUGUAACUGGCUUAAGGGAAUCUGAAGAAAAACUAAAGCAACAACAGCAAGAGUCUGCUCGCAGAGAAAACAUCCUUGUAAUGCGACUAGCAACCAAGGAGCAAGAGAUGCAAGAGUGUACUACUCAGAUCCAGUACCUCAAGCAAGUCCAGCAGCCCAGUGUUGCUCAACUGAGAUCGACUAUGGUAGACCCAGCGAUCAACUUGUUUUUCCUAAAAAUGAAAGGCGAACUGGAACAGACUAAAGACAAACUGGAACAAGCUCAAAAUGAACUGAGUGCCUGGAAGUUUACGCCUGAUAGAGGCCUGAUGGCGUCGGACUAUUCCGAAGAAGUGGCCUCCUCCGAAAAAUUCCCCUUCUAGAACAUGUAGACACUUGAGAGAACAGUUUCUGUUUGAAGAAAAUACAGGGAGAAACAGAAGUCUUAAGUCUGUGGCACACUGUGUCUUCAGACAGUUUGGAGGAAUGAAAACCUAGAGAUUUAAAAUCCUGAAUUGAACAUGUAAAAUUGCAGUAAAAUGUAAAAACGGAAAAUGCAUCGCUCUUACUGUUGAGCAUAGUGACUUAGAGACACUGCUUAUCAGCUUUGCCGAUAAGACUGUGGACUUCGUGAUUGUUGGUGGACUUCUGGGUCAAAACUCAAUUGGGGUGAAUUUUGCCUCUAAAGGUUUAUUUGCUAAGAACUAACUUAAGAGUCGUGAGAGAAUCAAACAAUAGAUGUCAGUACAAAUAGUUCAUUUAUUUAACCAUCUCCUUUGGGGCUCUCUAUUACUUGAUGGAGCCUUAAAUCAAUGUGGUUUUUAAUCAAUGGUUUGUUCUUUGAAUGGUUGCGAAAACUGUAGAUAAUCAUAUCGAGGACUGUACAAAUAUGAAGGUGUGGUAUCAAAUCAGGUUUAAACUGUUUGAAGCAUUAAAAACAUUCAUUUGACAAGUAGAUUGUAUAAGGAUAUUGGCUGUGGUGGGACUCACUGCGUUAUUUUUCAGUACUGGAAUUUAUUAAUCCCCGUUCCGUUCAACAGGCACAUGUGGAAAGAGCAUUGUCGUUGGUGUUCAUGGGGGAAUGUGUUCCUUCAUUGUAUUUGGCCUUUUGUACUGCACUCUUGAUAUUAAAUUAAAUGUGCCUU